CGUUCUCAGUUCACGGUCACACUGUCCGCACACUGAGCUGCGUUUUUCGUUGAUAAUUUUAAAUUUAUUUAUUUAAUUUAUUGGUUUAAAUCAGUGAUCAAUAAUUUGUUUGCUGACCAGCUUGGUCGCAGCACGUGGCCUCAGCCUAUUACGCGCAUUAUCGGAUAUCGAUAUCUGCUGAUGGUAAUUGGAGAACGUUUUUUCCUAUUUUAUCUCCUCCUUUUCCCACUUCGUUUUGUGCUCUGCUCUUGCUGUGCUCUCUUUGUGCUCUUCCGCCAGCAGCAGCCAGCCCCAAUGCCUAUGCCAAUAGUAAACUCUGUGCGUGAAAACAUAUAAAGACAAAGUAAAUGCAACGAUAAGCGGCGGCUGAAAAUGCUAUAGGCCAUGUGUGCAAUAAAGUAAAUUGUUUCAGCUUCCAAAACACGAAAAUGUUACCCAGACCAGACGCUCCCAUUGCCGUGCCGAGCUGGCAUAUUUUGAUACGCGACGCCGUCGACGUUGAGUUAUGUCCCGGCUGCGGACUGUGCGCGAGGAAUUUACAACAAAAACAAAAUGAAAAUUGUAUUUAAAUUGCCAACUCUAAAUGACGUCACAAUUGUAACAGAGUGCAACAGACGACAGACAACAAUGACCGAUGAGCAUAAAAGUACCAUUAACAGUAACAGCAGCAACAACUCCAACAACAAUAGCAACGACAGCAGCAGCAACAACAACAACAGCAACAGCAACAACGAACGCAUAAUUGCAGAGGCGGCAGCACAGUUUCUACUCAAAAAUGGUUUGAACGGCAGCUUUCCACUGCCCCCGCCCCUGCCCGCGAACCUGAGCACGAGCACGAGCACUAGCACGACAGCAGGCAGGACGCCGACGCCCUCCUCAUCAUUGUCAUCAUCAUCAUCAGCUCCAGCCUCGUCAAAUGGCUUUUUGCCGCAUGUCAGCACGCCCACAACAAAGACAACUAGAAGCAGUAACAGUCCAACAAGCAGCAGCAGCUCCUCAGCGAUGGCGGCAUCUGCUACGGUGGCAGCGACUAGUGCCCUCGUCGGCUCUGCUCCGAAGCCUGUCGAUGUAAUGGGUGGUGUGCUCGACUACAGUUCCUUAAGCAGUGUGCCGAGUGCCACCGCCGCCGCAUCCAUGGCGCCCACAGGAUCUUUGAAGAGCGAGAAGGGUGUCAGCAGCAUGAGCAGCAGCUUUGAUAUGGGCAGGCAUCCGAUAUCGACGCACAGCAACAACAGCACGGCCGGCUACGGCGGUCGUUUGCAGUUCUUUAAAGAUGGCAAAUUCAUAUUGGAACUGGCACGUUCGAAGGACGGCGAUAAGAGCGGAUGGGUCUCUGUAACGCGCAAGACUUUUCGCCCCCCAUCUGCGGCCACCUCGGCCACCGUGACCCCAACGUCUGCAGUGACGACAACGUAUCCAAAGAACGAGAAUUCCACAUCUCUGAGCUUUUCGGAUGACAAUAGCUCGAUACAAUCAUCGCCGUGGCAACGGGACCAGCCCUGGAAACAGUCGAGACCACGACGCGGCAUAUCCAAAGAACUGUCGCUUUAUUAUUAUCGUCCCAGGCACAGUGUCCUUAGCAAGGCUGCCCUCCAGACAGCAUCACGCAAGAGAAGACGACCCCACGAGCCGAUUGCCAAUAGCGAAGAUCUGCGGCCGAUCUUCGAGUUGGUCAAGGCUGAAAAUGGCGAUGAGACACUAAAGGCCGAAGGCGGAGAAGCUGCAGAAGGCGACACUGCCACUGACACUGGCACUGGCGCUGCAGCAGAAGCUUCUGCAGAAACUGCAAAUGAGAUUAAAACGGAGAAACCAGAAACGAUCAAAGUAGAAACGGAAGCAAUGCCGGAAACGGAGUCGAACAAGGCCGAAAUCAAUGAUAGCCGCGAGUCAAAAGAGGAAGCUUCUGUGCCGAACGCAGAGACGAAAGUAAAAGUUGAGCCCACGAUUGAGGCGACAGCACCGGCGACUGCGGAGAAGAUGAACACGAGUGAGGACGAAGAGGCCAUGUCGGUGACAGUUAAUGAACCCCCGAUACCGCCUUCGAUCAGUACGAACGGCAGCACUGGCAGCGAUCUGAAUGGCGAUCACAAGACGCCACGAGCAGACAACAGAAGACUUAAAAAGCCGAAACCCAGAGCCAAGCUCAACAGCAUCAUUCAGAAACUUAUCGAUGGGGUGCCAGCACGUCUAGAGCAAUUGUCCAAGACACCAGCGUCGACAGCGGCGGCAGUCACGGCAGCAGAGCGCAGCGGUGGCGGAGCCAUCGGGAAUCUAAGUCACUCUCUGACGCACAAGGUUUCGCCGCCAACGUCGGCCGCGGCAGUCAGCCGUCUAGUCGAGUACCAUCAUCAGCAUGUCUCGCCCAGAAAGCGCAUCCUGCGCGAGUUUGAGAAGGUGUCGCUGGAGGACAAUGGUUGCGUGAACAAUGGCAGCGGCAGCGGAGGCAGUAGCAGUGGAGGGGUCGGUGGCAAACGGAGUCGUGCCAAGGCUUCGGCACCGCCCAGCAAGUCAGCGCCCAUGAAUCUGGCACCGCCUCAAGGAAAGCCUAGCACUAGCACUAGCACACCCACUACAUCGCCAGCACCGGCUGCGGCCUCGCAGCAGCCCACACGCCUGAACAGCUCCUACAGCAUACACUCGCUCUUGGGCGGAGGCAGUGGCAGCUCCUCGUCGUCCUCCUCUUCAUCUUCCAAGAAGACCAUCGACCAUCCGGCGGCCAUCAUCAGCAAUGUGCAUCACCAGCAUUCGUUGUACGCCAAUUCCGGAAACUAUCCACGCUCCCUCCUCAGCUCCCCCAAGUCGCCCGAAGUGAGCGGCAGCAAUGGCGGUGGAAAGUCGCCCUCACAUGCGGCCAGCAAGAAACGCUCUCCCCCGUACACGACUGGGUCGCCGCUGCCCGUGGACUAUGGGCAUUCCUUCUAUAGAGAUCACUAUUCUGGAACAGGAGGUCGACCAUCGACGUCGACUGGCACAGCGGUUUCGCCACACAUUUCACACGGAGGAGUGGCGUCGCAAGAUCUUUCACCGCCCCGUUCCACAACAGCUUCCCCCGCCACCACACCUCGCACCGUUCCCAAGAAGACUGCCUCGAUACGCCGCGAGUUUGCCUCGCCAACGGCCAGCAGCAGCAGCUGUCCGUCGCCCGGUGACCGAAGUACAUCGCCACCAGAUCGGCGCCACCAGAUGCAUAUGCAGCGUAGUUCACCAGCCUCCGGCUCGCCCUUGCACUACUAUAUGUAUCCACCGCCGCAGGUGAACGGCAAUGGAUCAUCGGGCAGCCCGACGGUGCCUGUGUCAUCGGGCAGUAGCGCAGCCGCUGCGGCGGCGGCUGCAGCAGCGGCUGCUGCCGCCUACAUUCCCUCGGUGGUGUCGCCAUCGCUUUACCAUCCCUACAUAUCUACACUGGCGGCCCUGAGGCACAACCCGUUGUGGGUGCACCAUUACCAGGCGGGAGCCUCGCCGCUAAUGCCGCCGCAUCCACAGGCCAGCAGCAGUUCGGCUGCAGCCGCGAGACUGUCACCUCCCUCGCCGUAUCAUCCGUUUGCCUAUAAUGGCGUCGGGGCAGCCGCUGUUGCGGCUGCUGCAGCUGCCGCCGCAUUUGGACAGCCCGCCCCCAGUCCGCAUACGCAUCCGCAUCCGCAUACGCACCUGACACAUCCCGCGGCACUAACACACCACACGCCUGCACACCUGGCCACGCCAAAACUGACUGAUAGUAGUACCGAUCUAAUGUCUGCAGCGUCCAGUCAUCGCACAGCCUCCACUUCGCCGACCAGCUCCAAUGCAUCCGUCUCCUCGGCGGCUGCCUCCGGUGCCGGCCCCUCCUCCUCCGCAUUGUUUCAUAAUAGUAGCCUAAGGAAUGAACAAAGUUCAGACUUACCACUGAAUCUGUCGAAGCACUGAGACACACACACACACACACAACCGCAACCACACACACACACACACACACACGCCCCAGCUGCCCCAGUUGAUGGGCGCAACCAUCGAGUUAAGUACAUUACCGCACUAGUAGCGCUUAAGAUGACAUUCAACUACACAUACAAUUAUUUGAUAAGCUCGCUGCUAAUUUAGUUGUAACCGAAUUGUUUUAGCCUAAGCCUAAAUCUAGUUAGGUUCUCGAUUAAGGCAGGAAAUUCAAACGAAACGAAAGGAGAGCAGAACAGAAGAGAGGAGAGGAGAAUAGCGGAGAAGAAACGAAGAGAUACAAGGAAAUCAAAACAGACUCCAACAAUGUUUCAACAAAAACUAUUUAUACAAUCAGUUGAGAAAUGGAACCCCUUCGAUACACAUAUUUAAUAUGCAAAGGAAUUUUAUUCUCUGCCAACUAAUAAGUAAAAACCAUACAAUUAACACAUUUUUCUAUAGGAUGUAUAAAUUGCACGUCUUAAAGAAUCUCAAACAAAAAGAGUUACGUUUUUUCAUCAAAACAUUUCCUUGAAACAGACUGAACCUGAAUUUUUUUAGAAAAAAAAAGAAGAAAAACGAUACAAAAAUAUAAAGUUAUGGAUUGCAGCAUCCAACAUUUAAAGUGUAUUUUACAAAACCUAAAAGAACAGAUUUUUAUAAAAAGCGUGUGCCUUUAAAAAUGAAAUGUAAAGAGAACUAGGGAUUAUAUAAAAACAAGAAGAGCUAAACCACAGGACAUCUGGGAACAGAUGCUUUACAGGUGAAUUGAAUCCAUUUUAGAUAUGAUAUCCCCCAAAGCGAGGUCCAAAGGGCAGAAGUUGACGAAGUGUUGUACAAAAUAGACCGCAUACGAUGGUAGUUUGAUGUUUGUAAACCCCACACGGGAAUAACUUUUUGGUUUGAUUUUGGCUUUACUCCAGGAUCAAGCCAAAGAUUGUGAUAUUCCCAGAAACAUUAUUUUGGUCGUGAAAAGGUUAUACGAGUGGAUCGACCUGUAGUUGGUGGUGAAACCCAUAUUAUCUUUCGAUCACAAGCCCGUUCUAUUUGUCCUUUAAUGUACUUUAUUUAUGAGGCUUAAGCCUUAAACCUCAUAAUAAUGAUUCACAUUACUAUUUCCAACAGAUUUGUAUAGCUCUACUUAGUACAGCUCCUUGUCAAUGGCAGCCCAAUCAAAAGCAAAUGAAAAUGUACAAAAAUUCACAUAUACAACAAAAGAAAGAAAAUAUUUACAAAAACUAAAAACUGAAAAAUGAAAAAUGUAUCCUAAAAAGUAAAAAAUUCAAGCCGAAAUUCGUACAACUGAAACUGAUACAAAUAAACAACAAAAAGUACUAUAUUCCUAAAUGCAAAAAAGACAAAAACGAACCGCGGUUUCUCAUAUUUUCUAAAUUAUUUAUAUAAAUCAAAUGACUAUUUAUAUGUAUGUACUGGUACGUGUUUAUGUGUAGGGAAAUAAUUUUAAUUGUAUAUACAGUAUUUUUACACAACAACAACAACAAAAAUUUAAAUCAAGAAAACAACCCAUAUAUUUAAUACACCUAUUUUUAUAAAGGAUUUUAACAAAAUGCUGUAUAUUUGAUAUAUUGUAUGUAUAUGUAUACACAGAAAACGAUUCCAUUAGAGGUCAAGGCGAAAAAAAGUAUCAAAAUGUUUCACAAUUUGCUGUUAACCUUUUACUAAACGAAAAACGAAAGCAAAAACAAAAACAAAACAAAACAAAAAUAUUAAUUUCCAUGAAAAUUCCAUACGGUUUCUACUACCUACUGAUUAGCUAAUAGCUAGGCGCCUAGGGACUAUUACUAUACUUUUACCUUUUUUUUGCAUCGGUACUGUGUACGACGUUUUGUUUUAUUUUAUUGAAUCCGUAGUGUAGUCGUAGACUUAACCAUCAGUUUGCUUAGAGCGCUGGCCGGCAUUGAUGGUCAUCCACCAGUGAGCGGAGCGGCAUAGCCCGACAGAUCAUAAUGGGGAAAACAGCAAGCAAAAGGGUUUUAGAUAUACAUAUGUAUUUAAUAUUACUGCAUCCUCUUGAUGCUGGAAUGUGUGUAAAGUAAAACGGAAACAAAACUAGUUUUAAACAAAUAUAUUUUAUAUAGGCAUACAUAUACAUAUACUAUAUGUAUGUAUACAUGCAACUGAAACUGAAUACUUGAUGUCAAAUAAAAACCUAUACUAAA